UGUUACUUUAUAUUUCAUUCUGUACCAUAACAGACGCUGAAUGGAAGUAAAUUUAUAUUAUAUUGUGUAAUUUCUUAGAAAUUAAUGCAUAUUAUGAUGAUAAUUAUAGGUUCCACUGUAAUUGGUAUUAUUGGUUGGUACGAGUGACAUCGAUCGCCUUUAGCAGCUCGUGAGUGUCUUCAUUGAAAGCUAAUUCAAAUGUGGCCCAAAGCGUUACAGAUAUGAGAGGUGAGAGGUAGCAACAUCCAUGAUGGCCAGUCCUACAAUGUCAAAAAACAACAGAACAUCUUUUAAACUAGAUGCUAUAUGUGAAAAAUUAAAAUGUAAAAAUGACGACCCACUGAACACAUCUGAACCAGCAAUGGAGAACAACAAACCAGUACUCUCAGGACUAGAGGUAGAAGAUGUAAAAAAAUGCAAUGAAGAUAAUAUUGCCAUAACAACUCCAUCUUCGCAUGUAGAAGAAAUCAGUGAAGUUGCCAUGGUAACAUCUGAAGAAAUUUGUAACAAAUUAUCUAAAAUUGAGGGCAGUACAGGCAACUGUAUUGCCAUAGGAACCAUUGAAUCCAAUGAUGUACAAAACUCAGGAAGUGACAUCAGCAGUAUAAAAUCUGAAUCUUCCAUUACUGGUUGUCAUGGUAACAUAGAAGAAAGUCAACAGAGUUUUCUUGAAAUUGGAAAUUCUGAGGAUUCCAGUCAGGUGGAAUUCACAGCAAGGGACUGGUCGGUGAAUGAUAGUAGAGUAGAACAGGAAGGGGACAAUAGUAUUUCUUAUUCAGAAAGAGAAGAUGAGAACGGUGUUCUUGAUUUGUCCAUGAAUAAUGCUGGGUCUGUUUCAUCACUAUCUAGUGCUUCCAAAGAAACUCAGGACAACAAUAACAUUCUUUAUGAUCCAAAAAUGAUCCAAGAAUAUGCUGAAACUAGUUUCUAUGACGAUGAUUUAUUAACUGAAACAUUAAAUAAGAGCACUGAAAAUGACUUUGUGAUAGGUUCAAAUGUUUCUGAUCGUUAUGAAAGCAGUGAUGAGGAUGUGGAUACUAUGGAGAGGAGGUUGAUAGUUAAUGGUGAUGAUGAUGAACAAGAGAUGAUGGAGGAAGUGGAAAUGAACAGCAGUCAGGCAGCAAUGGAACUCAGUUUCUUGGGUAGUGAAGAACAGGAAGAUACCGCGGAAUACACAGAAAAUACAUUUAAUGGGGAUGAUUCUUGUAGUUUAGAUGAAUUGAUGGAGUCAAAUAAUGAAAAUAUUGAACCUACAUAUUCAUCAGAUGCUUCCGUUAUACGUGACUAUGCUUCAGAUACUAUGAAGGAAUUGCUCUCACUCUAUGGUUAUGAUGCAGAACCAGAUAAAGAUAUCACAGAAGGUCUAUCAUUGGAUAAAUUCAGUUUAAGCAAUAUACUACGACUGGGUCAUGAUGAAUUCAAUAGAAAUGCUGGUAUUAUCUCUAUAGUGGAUCCAAUAACUGGUAAAACACAGGGAUAUUCUAAAUAUGAUUAUUAUAUAAAGAAACUUGAAGCAGGUGAAAGCAUCAGUGGUGAUAUCCUAUCAAAUGCUGGCAAUUCUAAAUAUGAUCAUCUUAUGAAAAGGUUGGAACAGAGUGGUAAUGUCACCGUCAAGGAACUUAUAAAUCGCAAUUUGUUGGCAAAAAAACAAAGUGUUGAUAUCGAGAGUGGCAUUAUCAACAGUGGUGUGAUGAAAAGAACCCCUAGACCUUCUAAGUAUGAUUUGAUCAAUAUUGAAAGAUUGAAAGAUCGUAUCAAGAUAAGUUCGCAACAUCGUCAGAUAAAACCAGGAAGCAGGUCAUCUAUGUCGUCUUCCGAGUAUAUCAAGGCGUGUUUUUCAUCUGAUGAUCCAAAGAAGAUGUCACCAACAAAAGCAGAAAAGGCAGACGUGACGUCAAUCUUACAAGCCAAUGAAAUGAAUAUUUACCUGAAAUACAUUGCCAAGUUUUCACCAAGUGUACAUUGUGGACAUAUGCAUUGCAUUUACCAGUAUAAAGAACAUUAUCACUGCCUGGACGAUGAGUGCAAUUACGUGCGAUUUACAAGGAAAGAAGAUGUCAUCAGACAUUAUAACUGGCAUAAAAGACGUGAUAAUUCUUUGCAGCAUGGCUUCAUGAGAUUCAGUCCUGCAGAUGAUUGUAAUGUGUAUUACUCUGGGUGUUCAUUAAAUAAAAAACAUACUCAUUAUCAUUGCAUGCAGGUUGGUUGUAGUAAAGUAUACACUAGUACUUCUGAUGUCAUCACACAUGAAAACUUUCAUAAGAAGAAUGCAGCAUUGAUCAGUGAUGGAUUCCAGCGAUUCCGUGCUACUGAGGAUUGUGGCUCACUAUGUUGUGGUUUUUAUGCUCAGAAGACCACACAUUUUCACUGCAGACGUCCUGGCUGUGAUUUCUCAUUUAAAAACAAAUGUGAUAUUGAGAAGCACAAGGUUUAUCAUGUCAGGGAUGAUCAGUAUAAAAAAGAAGGAUUCAAGAAGUUUUCCAAACAUGAGACUUGUACAAUUGCUGGCUGUAGGUAUUCUCAGAACACCAAUCACUUUCAUUGUAUCCGUCCAGCCUGUGAUUUCACAUUCACUGCUGCAAACCAGAUGCAGUCACAUAAGCGCAAACACGAACGGCGUGAUCGGCUAAUUCAGUUUGAGCAGGCCAAAAGAAGAAAACGUCCUUAUACAUUGGCUGCUGCUUCACAAGAAGAUCUUCCUUCUGACUUAAUUGAUUACUAUCAUAAAAAGAAAAUAAAGAUGGAAGCUCUGGAGGAGCCAACACCUGACACGUCUUUGGACACAAUUCCUGAUUUUAAAGAAGAAAAUGAGGAUGAGAAAGAUUCCACAACAGAACUGCAAGAAGAUGAAUUGCCGCCUGCGUUUGCCAAAAUCAAUACAGCGAUCAGUGAUAAAACUAAAGACGAUGAUGGUUUAAGUGAUUCACUUAACCUUCCAGCACCUUCUGAAAUCAGCCCUCCAGUAGAGGUUGGUGAAGAAGAGCAGCCAUCGUUAAUUAAAGAUGAUUCAAAGCCCCCUAUUACACUAAGAAUUAAAAUACCUGAAAGCUGGCAAAAAUAUAUAACAAGAUAUACUGCUAAUGAUCACUGUGAGGCUCGUUGUCAUAUGCUGUAUAAAGAUCAUUAUCACUGUCAAGUCUCUGAUUGUAAUGAACUAUUCAGAUCAAAAGAUGGGGUCAACAAGCAUGCAAGAUAUCAUGAAUUAAGUGAAGAAGCUAAGGAGUUUGGAUUUCGAUAUUUCCAGUAUGGCCAAAGCUGUAUUUCAUAUUAUCGCAAUUGUGUCAAUUAUCCACAACAACACUAUCACUGUGUUUGGAGUAUUAAAGAUGACGAAUACUGUGGCCAUGUCUUGAGUUCUUUUCAUUCACACUACAUGAAAAUGCAUCAGAUGAAGCACCAGAAGUCACCUGCAAUUGGCCGAAUUGAUGACGAUUUAGUCAUUAAAAGUCCCACAACUCCCACCAGGAGUAGUCUCUUCUCACCUCCAGUCAAGUAUAAACACGGUGUUAACUACGGAUAUGUGUUAUACAAAGCUAACAGAUGCCCCAAUCUAAGUUGUCAAUUGAAAUCAAGAGCUCAUUUUCAUUGUUCAAAAACAGAUUGCAACUAUUUAACAACCAGUGCUGCUAAAAUGAAUGAACAUAAGUGGAAUGAAAACGCUGCCUAUGAUGGGUACCGGCAGUUGAAUCGCAAAGUGGACUGCAAACGAACUGGCUGCAAGUAUAACAUGAUCAAGAAACACUUUCAUUGCAUCAGGCCAGGAUGUAAGUUUUCAUUUACUUUGCAGAGUCAGAUGGAGACCCAUGCCAGAAAACACUUACGAAGAAUCUAUGGAAAGAAUUUUGAGAAGCAGCCACAAGCAAUGGCAACAUUAGCCACGGCCACUAAAGUCACUACUGGUCCUGCAAACGCUGAUGACCCUGAAGAAGAUACUCCUAUGUUGGAGGAAAAGAUAAUUAAAGUGAAAGGUGGUCGCCGCCCUACUGUACGCCAGAUGAAAUCUCUUGGAUUACAGAAACCUGCUAAUAUAUUACCAAAAAGUUGUGUAACACCUGAAUCUAAUGCUACGUUAGCAAAUGCCGCAUCGACUCCUUCUUUGAUUACAAUGCCUAAUGCUACUAGUACUGUGGCUGCAUCUACCUCCAAGUAUGCUGCAACGCCAUCAUCUGUUGUUACUAGUACACCUCAUACUACAGCUACCUCACAGCCACUGCCUCCUUUCACAAUCCCACUUCCACCUCUUGAUGACGAUGAUGAUGCUCCCUUACAGCUCACAGCCAAUAUGAACAAUAACAAUAACAAAACUAACAAUGACAACACCAUAUUUGUCAGUGCUAAUACUGUUAUGCCUACAAGCACUGUUGUCAACUCAACACUGUCCAGCUCAUUCAUUAAUGUAGCUACUGGAAUCCCUAGUAAUGCUGUUAUUCUGGCUCCAAGCUCUGCAUCUAAUGCUCAAGGUACUUUGCUUUAUGUCAGUCCUAUACAGCUACAAACUGCUAACACUCAGCAUCAAGUUGUACUCAUUCAGUCACCUCAACCACAACCACAAAUAAUCAGCACUAAAAAACCAAUACAGUCUAAAGCUGCUGUGUCUUCACCUGAGAUGCCAAAAACCUCAAAGUCUAAAGUUAUCGAUGACAAGUCUGUUCGAGACCGCUUCCAACGUUAUGAUCGGCAUGAAGAUUGCGGCGACUCGAUGUGUCAGUUUUCAUUAGGUGCGACACAUUACCACUGUAAGCAUAAUAAGUGCGGCUACAAGUUUGCAGGAAGAACCCAGAUGUACAAGCAUGCCCAGCACCACGAUAGAGUAGACAGCAUAGUGUUAGAUGAUUUCCAGCGUUUCAAAGGUUCUAUUCACUGCGAGCGAGAAAUGUGUGAGUUUGCUUUGAAAAAUACUCACUUUCACUGUUUAAAAUGUUUGUUUGUUUGCACAGACAGUAGCAAAGUCACUGCGCAUCGCAAGUUGCAUGCUAAAAUGGACGCUGUUGAAGCAGCUGGGUUUAAACAAUACGGGUCAUCUGAAAGUUGUAACUAUGCAGAUUGUAAAUACAAGAAGAAGUAUUCUCAUCUGCACUGUUCAAAAAUAGGAUGUUCUCAUGCUGUAGUUGGAAUGUCCCAGAUGGAGUCGCAUAGUCGCAAACAUCAAUUGUCCUUCGUUAAUUGUCAAGUUGGGUUCGAAAGCAGUGGCAAACGAUAA